GUGACGAGGUCCCAUUUCUUCCCGCCGGGUAACCACCGCCCGCUCGCCUAUAUAUCCCACCCCCGCCGGCCGCCGCAUCCCCAUUCUUCCAAACCAAGCUCCACCGCCCCUCAGCACACAGCAACCCUUACCCAGCCCAACACACAGCCUCUAGAACCGACAUGGACACCACCUCAACGUCCGGCCAGGAAUCGCGCCACAGGACGGUGACCUCGGAGCCACCGAAGCGCCCCGCGGGCCGGACCAAGUUCCACGAGACGCGCCACCCGCUCUACCGCGGCGUGCGCCGCCGCGGCCGCGUCGGGCAGUGGGUGUGCGAGAUGCGCGUGCAGGGCGCCCGGGGCUCCAGGCUCUGGCUCGGCACCUUCGCCACCGCCGAGAUGGCGGCCCGCGCGCACGACGCCGCCGCGCUCGCGCUCUCGGGCCCCGACGCCUGCCUCAACUUCGCCGACUCCGCCUGGCGGAUGCUGCCGGUCCUCGCCGCCGGCUCCUUCGGCUUCGGCAGCGCGAGGGAGGUCAAGGCCGCCGUCGCGCUCGCCGUCGUCGCGUUCACGGUCCGGGAUACCGCUGUCGCGUCCGCCCUGUCCGCCGCCGCCGAGAAGGUCGCAGUAGUCAUCGGGUCGCCGACGCCGAGCGCUGCCCUGUUCUACAUGUCGUCCGGCGACCUGCUGGAGCUCGACGACGAGCACUGGUUCGGCGGCAUGGUCGCCGGGCCCUACUACGAGAGCCUCGCGCAGGGCAUGCUCGUCGAGCCGCCGGACGCCGGAGCGUGGCGUGAGGACGGCGGGGCUGUGGAGACGCCGCUGUGGAGCUAAUUAAUUGUUCCAGUAAUCCACAACUGUAAAAUUAGUGCUACCUGCACAUAUCUAGCCUCUGACUCUCUUCUCCUCUGAGCUCUGAUUACGCAGAGUAGUAGUAGUAGUAUGUGUUCUUCCUUCAUUGUCAAGAUCAAGAUCCGGUUUCUAUAUUUGGGAAAGGUGCAAUUGCUACUUCAGUUAUUUUA